AUGGCCAUUCCAUCAACCCAAAUCGCAGCUGCUAUCCCAUCCUCGGGGACAGACGGGUCUUUGAAUGUCCAAAUUAGCAAGACACAUUCUGUUCCCACCCCGGGGACGGCGAGCAUCCGGGGUGACACACCUAUGCUGACUGACGUCGCUGGCCAUGAAGGAGUAGGGAAGGUUGUUGCAGUCGGGCCAGGUCUGGAUGAGAAAGAGUGGAUCAGCCAAAGGGUUGGUAUUAGAUGGCUGUACAGCUCUUGUCUGGAGUGUGAGAUCUGUGCCAUUAACCAUACCUCAUGCCCCUAUCAAAAGAAUGCGGGCGCGAAUGUUCCGGGGACUUUUCAGCAAUAUCUUGUUAGUCCGGCCAUCCAUGCCACCAAGAUUCCGCCUGGGCUAUCUCCAGAUACGGCCGCCCCUCUUCUCUGCGCUGGGAUCGCGAUGUACUCGUCGAUUAAGAAGACGAAGGCACGUCCGGGUGACUGGAUCGUGAUCUUGGGUGCAGGAGGGGGCUUAGGACAUAUGGGUGUCCAAAUCGCCGCUAAGAAAGGGUUGAGGGUCCUUGCUGUCGAUAAGGGAAGCAAGAAAGAACAGCUAUGCCUAGAUCUAGGAGCUACAAAGUUCUUAGACUUCUCCGAAGUUGACAUUGUUGAAGCUGUCAAGGCUUCUACGUCCGGACUCGGUGCGCAUGCGGUCAUUUGUACUGCCAAUGGAGAACGAGCCUACGAGCAGAGUAUGCAGAUGCUGCGUCGUCUCGGAACACUUGUCUGCGUGGGCAUCCCGAAUGUUCCGUUUCGCCUACCUGUCACUCCGUUCGACAUGAUUGUCAAAGGUCUUACUAUUGUUGGAAACUCUGCUGGUAGCGCGAAGGAGAUGGAAGAGCUCAUGGAAAUGGCAGUGGCUGGUGACGUCAAGGCACACGUUGAGAUUUUUGAUCUUGCUGAUAUCCGCAAUGUCUUAAACCUCCUAGAGCAUUCGGAGAUUGAGGGGAGGGCAGUCUUGAAGAUCCCUGAGUGA